AACAAGCCCGCUACCAUGCGUGGUAUUCUGUCUGUUGUUAGCUCAGUUUAUGAUCCACUUGGUUUUCUAGCGCCUGCCCUACUGCCAGCAAAACUUAUUCUAAGAGACUUAUGCAAAGAGAAAUUUGGGUGGGAUGAACAAGUAGAAGUCAAACACAUUCAGAAAUGGAAAAAAUGGAUGGAUGAUUUGCAGUUACUUGUAGACUAUAAAGUGAACAGAUGCUUCAAACCUACCGGAUUUGGAACCAUAAAAACAGCACAAAUGCACCAUUUUGCAGAUGCUAGUGAAGAUGGAUAUGGCACUGUCACCUACCUUGUCUUAACCAACGAAGAGGGUAAAAAGCAUUGUUCAUUCCUGAUGGCCAAGUCAAGAGUUGCACCAUUGAAACAGGUCACGAUUCCAAGAUUGGAGCUGACAGCAACCGUUGUGGCAAUUAAAAUGGACAAAAUGCUUAAAGGUGAGUUUCAAAUGCCCUUAGAAGAAUCUACAUUUUGGACUGACAGCACCACGGUGCUAAAAUACAUUUCAAGUGAAAGCACUCGGUUCAAGACCUUUGUUGCCAACAGAAUCUCCGUGAUCAGAGAUCAUUCACAGCCUUCUCAGUGGAGGUAUGUCACAUCUGCCCUUAACCCGGCUGAUCAAGCAUCCAGA